AGGUGGAGAGCGAGGGCGCACCCCUCCCUUCGACCUGGCGAGGAGCUGUUCCCUUCCUCCUCCUCCUCCUUUUUCUGCCUGGCAGGGAAAGAGUCCUCCUCUUCCCUUGGCGAGCCGCCGCCCUCUUCUUUUGUCUCUCCCUCUCUCUCUCUCAGAGGCGGGGAAGAGGGCUGCGGGCGAAAGGUCCUCUGCUUUCCUGUCUCCAUGGAGAAGAGACCUUCAGUAUCAGCCAGGACCAGCUCUUGAGGUGUCCAGGAAGGGAAAGCUACACUGCGCCAAAAAGCCUGGCGCUUUGUAGGCUUUGUGAAGGAAUCCUCAAAACCAGGGAUCCAAUCUCCCCCACGCCACGGAUUUGGCGACUUGGAAGGCACAUGUCCCCGUCCUUUGGAGGCUCGUCCAUGACAAGGGAUGGAAAGCCGGCUGAGGAAGAUCAUGGCAUGUUUUAAGGCAAGGCUGCUGCUGCUGCUGCACAUGUGACAAAAGAGGACGUUUGGGAGCCAGGGAAACCGACUUUGGCCAGAUGGAAGGAUUGGAAAGAAACAGUAAGCUUAGUCUGCCAGCGCCAAGUAACAUGGAGCAGCCAAUCACUGUGAGUUCCUUGAAAAGGCUAGCAGCUGUACCUGACCACACAGAUGUUUCGCUGAGCCCAGAAGAGCGUGUUCGUGCCUUAAGCAAGCUUGGUUGUAACAUCACAAUAAAUGAAGACAUCACACCACGGCGCUACUUUCGAUCUGGGGUGGAAAUGGAGCGCAUGGCAUCUGUAUAUAUGGAAGAAGGAAAUCUUGAAAAUGCCUUUGUUCUCUACAAUAAGUUUAUAACUUUGUUUGUAGAAAAGCUGCCCUCUCAUCGAGACUACCAGCAAUGUGCAGUUCCAGAAAAACAGGAUAUUUUGAAGAAACUGAAAGAUGUAGCAUUUCCAAGGACAGAUGAACUGAAGAAGGCUCUGUUAAAGAAAUACAAUGCAGAAUACCAGGAAUAUAUGCAAGACAAGAACAAAUGCAAAUCUGAAAUACUAAAGAAGUUGGAGCAACAGCAACUGAUUGAUGCAGAGAAAAAACGGAUUGCGCAGUUACGUCAACAGCAGCUGGAGACGGAACAAUUUCAGUUCUUUGAAGAUCAGUUGAAGAAACAAGAAUUAGCCCGUGAUCUGAAAACGAAGGAUGGUUCAGCGAUGUCUGAGCAGACUGAUGGGAGCGUAUUGUCAUCGUGCAUUUCGGCACAUCUGAACAGUGCUUUCUCCACAACAAUAGCAAACAAGAGUGAUGCCUCUGCUGGACAAUCUCCUCCUAUAAGUCGGGCCUUAAAGCCAGCUGCUACACUAAGUGCUGUACAGAACAAUGUGGCUGAAGGGCUACGAAGCGUGGUACUGCCAAGGGAUCUUUGUCACAAAUUUCUGCUGCUAGCAGAGGCAAAUACAGUAAGAGGAAUAGAGACAUGUGGGAUUCUCUGUGGAAAACUGACCCAUAAUGAAUUCACUAUUACUCACGUGAUAGUGCCAAAGCAGUCUGCUGGCCCAGACUACUGUGACAUGGAGAAUGUGGAAGAGCUGUUCAGUGUUCAAGAUCAGCAUGAUCUCCUCACAUUGGGCUGGAUCCAUACACAUCCAACACAGACUGCUUUUUUAUCUAGUGUUGAUCUUCACACACAUUGUUCCUAUCAGCUAAUGCUACCAGAAGCUAUUGCGAUUGUUUGUUCACCAAAACAUAAUGACACGGGAGUCUUCCGACUUACUAAUGCUGGUAUGUUGGAAGUUUCUGCUUGUAAGAAGAAGGGCUUUCAUCCCCAUACCAAGGACCCUAGACUAUUUAAUAUGUGCAAACAUAUCAUUGGGAAAGAUGUAAACAUAACUGUAUUGGAUCUGAGGUGAUACAGAUGGGAGGAAAAAAAAAGCUUUCUAGAAAACCAACGCCCAAAGGACUCCUUGGGUGCCAGAUUUUUCCUAGUGUUUUCCAAAUGUUAUUGACAUUUUAUAUUUAUACAUUUUAGAUUUAAUAGUUUGAUAUUUAUUACCCUUUCCCAUUUUGAGGUUAUUUUGUUGUUCUGUCAAAAUAAAGUUCACAGUGGCAUUUUAUCAAGAUAUGUUAUUAUCCUGGAAUACUAUGAAAAUAAAAUGAACUUGAAAAAGGGAAGAAAGA